CAGUUGGGGGCGGUUAUGCAGCAUAUUUGAUGCCAACCGCCGUUAAACUCCAAAGAAGAAGAAGGCGGAUCCACAACCUGGAAGUUGUGCGUUACGAAUGAACGGUUUUCUCUUUAAAACUGUUACAUUUCGAAGUAAUGUCAAGGAUAGCGCUUGAGCCGGUGUGUUAGCUUUCAAAGAUAACCGGAGCAUUUCUUCCUAACUGUAAUUUCCAAACGUGCAGGUAAGGUUCAGGUGAGUGAUGCCUGUAGAGUCCAGCAGUGACUGUCCCCAUCUGGAGUGUGUUGGAGAAAUCACCAAGGAUGAACUGAUCCACAAGUCACAUGGCCAGUGUCAAGACUGCAAGGUUGGAGGACCAAAUCUGUGGGCGUGUCUGGAGAACACCUGUGCCUAUGUGGGCUGUGGAGAAUCUCAUGCUGACCAUAGCACUGUCCACUCACAGGAGACGCGGCACAACCUGACAGUGAACCUGACCACUCUGAGGGUGUGGUGUUAUGCCUGUGGGAAAGAGGUGUUUGUGGAGCGUAAACUGGGCCCUCACUGCCCUGUCCCCAGCACCAAGACCCUCGCUUCACCUCAGACCAACAACACACAGUUCCAGGAGUGUAGCAGGGCGCAGGGCAGUCCCACUUCUCUGAGACUGCCCCCUACUAAUGGCUGUGAAGACCUGGGCAUGGAGACGGAGGAGGAGGACGAGCUACGCGCCAGAGGUCUGACGGGCCUGAAGAACAUCGGGAACACCUGCUAUAUGAAUGCAGCCCUGCAGGCCCUCUCCAACUGUCCUCCGCUAACCCAGUUCUUUGUGGAGUGUGGAGGUCUGGUGAGGACAGACAAGAAGCCUGCUCUGAGUAAGAGCUACCAGAAACUGGUGUCAGACCUCUGGCACAAGAACAGGCCAUCCUAUGUGAUCCCUACCAAUCUGUUCCAGGGGAUCAAGGCUGUUAACCCCAUGUUCAGAGGAUACUCCCAACAGGUAGGUGUGUUCUCUAGGGCUGUUAAUACUCCCAACAAGCAGGUGUCUUCUUUGGGGCUGUUCGUACUCCCAACGGGCAGGUGUCUUCUCUGGGGCUGUUCGUACUCCCAACGGGCAGGUUUCUUCUCUGGGGCUGUUCGUACUCCCAACGGGCAGGUUUCUUCUCUGGGGCUGUUCGUACUCCCAACGGGCAGGUUUCUUCUCUGGGGCUGUUCGUACUCCCAACGGGCAGGUUUCUUCUCUGGGGCUGUUCGUACUCCCAACGGGCAGGUGUCUUCUCUGGGGCUGUUUGUACUCCCAAUGGGCAGGUGUCUUCUCUGGGGCUGUUCGUACUCCCAACGGCAUGUGUCUUCUCUUGCGCUGGUAAAGUGUGUGCUUCGUCCCCUCCUAUACUCCCUGUUCACUGACAACGGCGUGGCUGUGCGCGACUCCAGCACCAUUAUUAAGUUUGUUGACGACACAACAGGGAUUGGCCUGAUCACCGACAAUGAUGAGACGGCUUAUAGGGAGGAGGUCAGAGACCUGGUGGUGUGGUGCCAGGACAAUGACCUCUCUCUCAACAUGGGGGAGAAGAGGCAGGAGACGGCUCCUCUGUUGAACAAACACCGGGUAACGCAUGUGAAGGACAGUAUAUAUGAUCUAUGUCUACAUCGCCAGGACUCCCAGGUGACUAAUGUUUUGUCCGGAGUUCCAGUCGGACAGUCUAUGAUCUAUGAACGGGCAGGACUCAAAGGGGAGCGGGGAUGUUUUGUCUACCGUGUGGGGGAGGAGUCUAAUGAGGCAGAGAUGCUGAUCCCUGACUCCAGGACUCUCAGACCAAUGAGCCUGUCUGUGCCUCAUUGUGUUAGCCCGAAGAGCCUGUCUGUGCCUCAUUGGGGUCGGGGCUGUGCAGGGUUAGCCCGGGAGCCUUCUCUUCCUCUCUCCUUCGCUCCAGACUCAUUCCCCGAGGUGGUCUCCAGCAGCACCCGACCCCAGACCCCAGUCCCCAUGGAAGGACACUCCUUCACCAAGAUGUCCUCCAGUCCACCCAGGAACAACUGUGUCUGGCCAGGAAUCUCCUCCAGCCAUCUGAAAACAGUGACCUCGUUUUCCUCAGCGAAGAGCAGGCGUCAGAAGAAGUACCGUAGUGUGAUAUCAGACGUGUUUGACGGGACCAUUGUCAGCUCAGUGCAGUGUCUGACCUGCGAUAGGGUGUCUGUGACGCUAGAGAACUUCCAGGACCUGUCCCUGCCCAUCCCAGGUAAGGAGGACCUGGCUAAACUCCACUCCUCCUCCCAUCAGACCUCUCUGGUCAAGGCUGGGUCCUGUGGUGAGGCCUACGCUGCUCAGGGAUGGGUCGCCUUCGUCAUGGAAUACAUCAAGAGCUGGUUCUGGGGUCCUGUGGUGACCCUACAGGACUGUCUGGCUGCCUUCUUUGCCCGGGACGAGCUGAAAGGAGACAACAUGUACAGCUGUGAGAAAUGCAAGAAAUUACGGAACGGAGUGAAAUUCUGUAAAGUUCAGAGUGUUCCUGAGAUCCUGUGCAUCCACCUGAAGCGGUUUAGACACGAGCUGAUGUUCUCCACUAAGAUCGGGACUCACGUCUCCUUCCCAUUGGAGGGCCUGGACCUGCAGCCCUUCCUGGCCAAGGAUAGCUCCGCCCACACCACCUCCUACGACCUGCUGUCAGUCAUCUGUCACCAUGGCACCGCCAGCAGUGGUCACUACAUAGCCUACUGCAGGAAUGACCUGAACAACCUGUGGUAUGAGUUUGACGACCAGAGCGUCACGGAGGUGUCAGAGUCCUGCGUCCAGAACGCUGAGGCCUACGUCCUGUUCUACAAGAAGAGCAAUGAGGAGGCGCUAAAGGAGAGGAGGAGGGUGACCGGUCUACUGAACAUGACAGAGCCCAGCCUGCUACAGUUCUACGUCUCCAGACAGUGGCUCAACAAGUUCAAGACCUUCGCUGAGCCUGGACCAAUCUCCAACGACAACUUCCUCUGUUCACACGGAGGUGUGCCGCCUGCCAAAGCAGCGUUCAUUGAUGAUCUGGUCGUGAUGCUGCCUCAGAACGUGUGGGACCACCUCUACAGCAGGUAUGGAGGCGGGCCUGCUGUCAACCACCUGUAUGUGUGUCACACGUGCCAGACGGAGAUUGAGAAGUUGGAGAAGAGACGCAGGACUGAGUUGGACAUGUUUGUCCGGCUGAACAAGGCGUUUCAGGAGGAAGAAUCUCCAGUGGUCAUAUACUGCAUCAGCAUGCAGUGGUUCAGAGAGUGGGAGGGCUUCGUUAAGGGAAAGGACAAUGAUCCACCAGGACCAAUCGAUAACUCUAAGAUAGCAAUCAACAAGAACGGUCAUCUAACACUCAAACAAGGGGCUGACUCUGGGCAGAUCUCGGAGGAGACCUGGAACUUUCUCCACUCCAUGCACGGAGGCAGUCCGGUCGUCACGGUCCGGCCCAACGUCCCUCAACCCGAACUGGAGGCGUCCUUGCAGUCCGAGGAGAAGAUGGAGGUGGAGACACGCUCCGUUUAACACUACCUAGUCAACAACACCAACAGGAAACCCCCCCCCCCCCCAACGCCAGCCCUGAGGACAACCCCAACGCCAGCCCUGAGGACAACCCCCCCCCCCCAACGCCAGCGCCGAGGACAACAACAACUAAAGCCUUUUUAUUUUGCACUUGGCUUUUUUUUAUUUCGAAAGCAUUCGAUCAAACGACCCCUUUAACCUUGACCUCCACAACAUGACGUCUCUUCUUGACUAAUGGACAGAAGGAAUAAACUUGUCUGAAAAUGAUAUGACAGUCGUGUUUGUACAUAGAUGUAUAAAUAUCUAAUUUCUAUUAGCAGUGUAAAAUAAUGCGUGGAAACGGUGUCCGGUCGUUUCCAGAACUAAGCAUUUAUCCGUUUUGUGUCCAGCUAAAAGGAUUGUUUCUGCUUAUGUUCAUUAUUUUGUUUUCUCUUGACCAAAAAUUGAGCCGAUGUCACUCUCUUAAGAUGUCUUGUUUGGUGCAAAUGGGAAAAGCUAGAAAAAUCACAACGCAUCUUUACUAUAGAUAUUAAAAAGUUAUCUUACCUGUUGUAGAAGUUGAAUGGUUAGAGAAGUGCUAGCUCUUACAUGUUCCUUAAAGCGAAGAAGAAGGGUCUUAAAAGAUAAAGAGAUGAUCAAGAAGGGAUAUACUAAAUAACUAAACGAUAUAGUCUCAAGAAGGACUGGUAUGUUUUGCUCUGUAGAUGGGUGAACAUGAUGGGUUUUUAAAUGUACCAGUGCGUCAGGGUUUGAAGGACUAACGUGAGUCCGGAGUCCCAGCACUAACUUGUUAUUUACCCCACCCCAAUGGCCAGACCAGGGGGCUGAUUUACUAUUGUAUCCUAUUCCCAACAGUGCACUACUUUGGGCCAGCGCCCCAUGGAACCCUAUUCCCUAUAUAGUGCACUACUUUGGGCCAGCGCCCCAUGGAACCCUAUUCCCUAUAUAGUGCACUACUUUGGGCCAGCGCUCCAUGGAACCCUAUUCCCUAUAUAGUGCACUACUUUGGGCCAGCGCCCCAUGGAACCCUAUUCCCUAGAUAUUGCACUACUUUGGGCCAGCGCCCCAUGGAACCCUAUUCCCUAUAUAGUGCACUACUUUGGGCCAGCGCCCCAUGGAACCCUAUUCCCUAUAUAGUGCACUACUUUGGGCCAGCGCCCCAUGGAACCCUAUUCCCUAUAUAGUGCACUACUUUGGGCCAGCGCCCCAUGGAACCCUAUUCCCUAUAUAGUGCACUACUUUGGGCCAGCGCCCCAUGGAACCCUAUUCCCUAUAUAGUGCACUACUUUGGGCCAGCGCCCCAUGGAACCCUAUUCCCUAUAUAGUGCACUACUUUGGGCCAGCGCCCCAUGGAACCCUAUUCCCUAUAUAGUGCACUACUUUGGGCCAGCGCCCCAUGGAACCCUAGUCCCUAUAUAGUGCACGACUUUGGGCCAGCGCCCCAUGGAACCCUAUUCCCUAUAUAGUGCACUACUUUGGGCCAGCGCCCCAUGGGAAAUAGUGUGGAGGCAUUUGAUGUUAAUAGGCUUUUUGCAUAAAACAUGUCAGGCAGGCUCUCAGUUCACAACGCAUGCUUUAGAGGGGACCCCAGUCACUCCAGCCAGGGUUGGGAUCAAUCCCAUUUCCAUUUAGGAAGUCAACUGAAAUUCCAAUUCUGAUUUUCCUCAAUGCUUCUCUGUGAGAACAUGGGGAACGGAAUUUAAAUGGAAUUGACCCCAACCCUGACACGCUAAUCAUUGAAAAAAUUGCUGGCCACAUUAUCAUAUUAAAUUGCAUGUAAAAUUGCUCACUCGUUGCAUAAUAUGUACUCAAUGAAUCACAAACUUCUGUGGCUAUCUGAAAUGUACAGAAUUAGAUAACAAUCAGUUUUGUCAGUGGAAGACAUUAAUAUGUGUGUAAGGGUAUGUUGCUUAUGGUAUGUGGUCCCUGAAGGCCGAAGAAGCAAUCUCGAUAAUGCUGUAGGUAUGUGAACUAUAGGGCAUAAUGCAUAUCAUGAACACGUCUGUUCUGAUUGGCUGAUAUGAUUCUAAUAAACCCUGAUGAUGAAAGGGAA